CCGGCUGCCGCGCAGGCGCCCUAGGCCUGCGGCCGCCCUGGCCGGCUCUCCGCUCGCCGCGGUGUCAUGGUGCCGCCGCCGCCGCUGUCGCCGCCUCUUUGCACGCUGCCGCCGGGCCCCGGGCCCCCGCGCUUCGUGUGCUUUUGCGAGGGGGAGGGAAGCGAGGACGGGGGCCCUGGCGACUUCAACCUCUAUGUGACCGACGCCGCGGAGCUUUGGAGCACCUGCUUCACGGCGGACAGCCUGGCGGCCCUCAAAGCCCGUUUUGGCCUGAGUGCGGCUGAGGAGAUCACCCCCCGGUUCAGGGCAGCCUGCGAGCAGCAAGCUGUGACUUUCACCCUGCAGGAGGACGGAGCGUCCCUAACCCUCUCCGGGGGGCCCUCAGCACUGGACUUUGACCUCUCCAAGGUGCCGGGCCCAGAGGCAGCUUCCAGGUUGCAGGCGCUGACGCUGAGCCUGGCCGCCCAAGUGUGCACCUUGAAGAGCCAGCUGGCAGCUGUGGAGGUGACAGCUGCCAGCCCCAGAAAGAGCCCUUGUCUGGUGGGGCCUCAGCUCUUCUUACCAGACCCGGAUCCUCAGAGAGGCGGCCCUGGACUCGGGGUCAGGAGGCGGUGUCCAGGAGAGUCCCUCAUCAACCCCGGCUUCAAGAGUAAGAAACCAGCCACCGGUGUAGACUUUGAGAGCCCCUGAAGGUGCAGCAGAGUGUGACCCUGCCAGGAAUCUGCCUGUGAGGUGGGGAUAGCCUCUGAGACCCCACAGUCGCCACCUGCCCAUCCUGCUGUGCGGUGGGAACACACCUGCUCCUCAAACCCCUUCUCCAUCAAAUAAAUGCUUCCUCAGAGGAA